UUGAUACAGAGGAUAUAGAUUUUACAAAUGAGGCAACUAUAAAAUUUGCUGAGAGUAAAGAAACAUUUUCAAUUAAUUAUAAUGAACAAAAAAGGGAAAUGGUGGGAUCUAGUUACCAUGUUAGUAAAGGCGAGUUUGAUAACUUUGAAACAUCUAGUGAACUACAAGAAUAUGCUAAAGAAUUUGAUUUCACUAUGAGACAAUCAUCCGAAGAUGAUGGAAUGGUUGAAGAAGUAGAAAAACAUGGUUAUAAUAAUUCAUCAGAUUCAGCUUCAUCCGAUAAUAGUAGCAGUGGUGGUAGUUCAUCUGAUAAUGAAGAAAAUGAUGACUCUGAGAAUAGUUCGGAUUCUGGGAACUCAGUAUUAGAUUCCGAAUUUGCUGAACUUGCAACAAUGAUGAAAACUUCGUUGAAUCAAGAAAAUGGAAUCAAUGAUUUAAAUUCAAAUCAUAAUUCAGGUCAUGUGUCAUUGGAACAAUUUUUGGGUGGUGGAGGUAUUUAUUAUUCCAUCUCAUGUUUAUGGAUUAUUUAA